CAAAAAACAAAGAAAAAAAAUUGCUAAUGGUAUGCAUUGCAGUUUUGGAAAUUUGAAACUGUACCAGAAGGGUAUGUGAUAUUUGAGGGAAUAUGAUCAAGUUAAAACACAGUACUGUGUAAUUUUUGUGCUGCCAGUUUUUUGAAUAGCCUCUCCAUCUUCAUGCAGGUAUGUCUUCCACAUCUCCAAACUUCUUGUUUGCUUGAGCAGCAGCUCUGCUCAAUGUGAAUGUUUUCUGAUUUUCAGGAGUAGCAACCUUUGCCUGUUAAACCACUCAGACCAAGGGAUGUGGACAGUAAACCUGAACAGUUAUAAACUGGUUGCUCGGUGUAUGUAGAUACCAGGCUGAUGUUCUUCUGGGAGAGGUUCUUGACAUUCCAAGGGACAAAUCAAACAUGGGGACUCCUGAGCUCAGAGUAACCCUACAGAGGAACUGUGGGCUUCACUUCAUUCCCCCUUAUGUUUUAGCUGUGUUAAAUUGCUCUGACUUACUACAGUUAUUUGCCAUAUGCUGAGGGCAGGCAGGCAUAAGUGUCUGAGUCCAUACUCCUCUGGAUUUAAAAAUUCUUGGGCCUGCUGGCUUUUACAAGAAUGGAAAGACACAAAGCCAUGAGUUAACCAGAUGCUGAGAGCAUUACCGAGUCAUCAGAGCCUUUAGGAUUCAGGGUUCCAGCACUCAUCAGUGCAUUUCCUGAUCCUAGAACGGGGCUCUUCCUGAACAGCUGUCCACUGGGAGGGCUUUGUUCUGAUUCCUUGGUAGGCUGAAGUUAUUGGCUUAUUGAUAAAGGUUAAAAUCCUGGGGAUUUUAGUAGUAUCAUUUAGGAUUAGCAGUGUGACCACCAAACUUGGUCCCGGUGAUGCUGGAUAGGUGAUGUACGGAGAAUGAGAACCUCAUGGUUGAAGUACGUGUGGAGGAAUGAAAGGUGAAUACAGCAUACCAAGAGAGGUAAGGCAGUGCUGGAGCAUGUGGCUCUCUGUUUUUCUUCAUGUUUUGAGAGUUAAGGAGCAAGUUUCCAAACUGGUACUUCUCAGAUCCUUAGGUUUCCAUAUCUCCCUUUAAUUUUCACAUCUUCAGUGUAAAAAGUCUGUAGUUAUAAACAAGAUAAGGCUUCAGACAAGGAGUUUGCUUUUCUUAAGGUCCAUAUGUGGACCUUAAGUCUUGGAAUCAUUGACCCCUUAUGAGAUCUGUGCAUUAAAAAUUGCUGAGCUAGGCAGUUACUGUGGAGAUCAGAGAAACUGGAGACAUUAAAAGUGGUGCAGUGGAAGUGCUGCACAAACAGUACAGUGGUUCAACAGAGAAUGUACUGUGGCAUUACUGUGCUACACUCACAUUUGCUACUGCUCUCUUACUGUUUUUGGUUUUGUCUCUAGCUUCUUAACAAAGACCUGACCGUAACUUAUCUUUCAGUCUUCUGCAGGCCAUGUUCAGUUAAAUCAUUCACUGGGCUUCUUUAACCAUCUCCUAAACAAAGCUGUUUGCUGUAAACUACCUACUGUAGAUAUAAUGACACCAGCCCUCAGAGAGGCAGCAACAAAAGAUCAUGGUAUCCACUUGUCACCUUCUUUGUCCUCUAGAGCUAUGGAGUCUGAUACAGCUUUGUGCAUGGAAAAUUCCAGAGCAGUGGAAGAGAAGAUAAAAGAGGACUCCAUCGCACAGAUUACUUGCUCAGUCCUGGGGUUCCCCACUGCUGAGCCCAACCUCAGGAAUGAUAUCUUCAGUGUACAGCAUUUUGGUUCCCCACCAGCCUCCAAGCGCUAUCAGUCUAUCUUGUUAAUGAGUACAAAUUCUGCGUUUAGCAACAAAACUGGUAAGCACAUGAAAGCAGGAGAGCCCGGCUGCUCCAAGAUGAGAAAGGCAUUACAUAAUGGUGGUGACACAUCAUUUGGUCAGAUUAGUCACUCAGAACCUGAGCAACAGGUCAAAGGGGCAAUGUUUUCAGAGGCCGCAUCUCCGAACUUAGCAGGAACACAGAGACUCUCAGAUUCAAAUGUAACUGAAUCCAGUAAUGCAGAAGAAAUGCAACUUUUAAAUGGUAAAUGGUACAAGAAGAAUGGGUUUUUGGGUAGGGCUUUGGAAGUCUGCGCUGAAACAAUAAAAGGGGAUUUAUUAUACCAAAUUCUUCACGGGCCUUCAGAAGGGAUUUUGAGCUGCACCCAGGAGGAGGUGUAUGCUCGCUUACUCCAGUGUGUCACUAAGCAACAAAUGGAAAUCAGUCGCGCCAAAAGAACUCAGAAGCGUUUACAAAUGCUCCUGGCAAAGCAUGUUAUCAAGCACUGUGAUCAGCAGCUGAAAUGCUUCGUGAAACAUCAGCUUCAGAGAAUGAAGUUUUUCCAUGAGCCAACCAGAUUUUUGAGCAGUAACUCCCUCAGGUGCACUGAAGGUUGGCCAGAAAACAAUGCAACUACUUUGGAGAGUAGUUUGAGUGUGGACGUACAGAACGGAGUUACCGUUGCACCAGGUGAAAUCCGGGGGUUUGCACUCUCUACUGGAGGGCUGCUGUCUCGCGUGGAGAAGGACCUGGACUCUGAUGCAACAUGUAGCAGUUCAGAUGAAGAUGGUGAGGAACAGACUGUAAGAACAACUGUGGAAGCCAGCUAUACUUCUGAAUGGAAGUGGCUUGCAGACAGAGCUAGAAUUGGCAGCCGUUGGACGUGGCUUCAAGCCCAGAUUUCAGAACUAGAAUACAAAAUCCAACAACUAACUGACCUUCACAGGCAGAUACGUGCCACCAAGGGGAUGGUGAUCUUAGAAGAAUUCCCAUUUCCAAAAGACAUUCUGAAGAAGCAAAUACAAUUGACAGACCAAGAAGCUUUAUUAAACGCCACAGGGAAUUCGCAAGCUGCCGUUGAGAGACAGGAUUCUUUGCCGGAGCAUGACUUUGAAAUGUCACCCAGCAGUCCCACUCUGCUCUUACGAAACAUAGAAAAACAGAGUGCACAACUGAGUGAAAUCAUCAGCAGCCUAAUCGCUCCACUCAAUCUGUCUCCAGCUUCUUCAUCUCUUUCCUCCAAGAUCUGCAGGCACAGACAGCUGGUCAAUGGCAUCUCCUUCAGAGCUUCAGACAACAGAGAGGUGUCCUCUUCGAGCAGCUGGUUGCUUGAUCAUCAGCACAUCAAGAAAAGAAGAAGAGACAGGACAAGACUAAGAUCUGUCUCUGUAACUAAUGUGAGCACAUCUGCCCGUACAAGGCCGCUUCAUAGUUUCCAGAAGAGGAAACUCUACAGAAUGCACAGUGCCUGUCACUGGAAUCAGCAGACUCUGCCAUGUAGAGAUGCCUCCUUUCCAUGUAAAACUCAGUUGCCAUAUGUGGUGCCGGCCUCCACUUUGACCAGCAAUGAGUACAGCACAGAAUCUAAAAUCCUAGAUUACGUGCAAGAGCUGGACUCUUCCUUCCAUCCAGUCUUAUCAUUCCCUUCUGAUAUUCCUCUUCACGUAUACUUUGAAACAUUAUUAAGGAAGGAUGACAUCAAAGGAGAACCUGUUGAUACCUCAUCUUUGGGAGGGGAGUUUAAAGUGUCCUCUGACAGUGACUAUAAUCAGCAUCAUGUUUCUGUCAAACAAUGGAACAGUGGCUGUUUAUCUGUUUCCAAAUCUCAGUUGGUGUCAAGAACAUCCGAUCAGCUGUCAGAAGGAAGAAAGAAAAGACACCUAAGUGAGACAGCAGUAGGCGAAAGUAACACUCGGUUUGAGACGUUCUCCUUUCAACAUGGAGAGCCAGAACCCCACAGCAGUUUUGCUGCUGCGACCAGUGUCAGCACGAUGUCUCGGCCCACUCACAGCUCUUCUUCACAGCAUAACUCCAGGAGGCGGUUGAGAAGUGAGAGCUCCUAUGACAUAGACAACAUUGUUAUUCCCAUGUCGCUGGUGGCACCAUCCAAGUUGGAGAAACUACAGUACAAAGAAAUCCUUACCCCAAGCUGGAGAGUUGUUGAACUUCAACCUUUAGAAAAAUCACAUACAGAUGAAGAAGAGGCAGAAGAUCUGUCCGACGAAGCUUUUUCCUUGCGUCACACCAAGUAUGAAGAAAGAGAGCGCGCGAGAUGGUCGCUGUGGGAGCAGAGCCGCUGGCCCAGGAGGAACAGCAGAUCUUACAGCAAAAAUGCCGACGGCCGACACAGCCAAGACCAGUGUGCUGCUGACCCUGCUCCCGACCCGACUUUGGAAGCCCACAGCUCUGUGUGUUCAGGGAUGGCACCACUCUGCAGGGAGGGCCAGGACGCGAAGUCUGGGCUGUGGGAACUUCGAGUUUUUCCACUAAAAGAUGAAGAGGUAGAAGCUUUACUAUGCCAAGAUCAAGUAACAAAUGAGGCUGAAAUGUCAAGUGCAGAUUUCCCCAGCAACUCUCCCUGCGCUCUGGGCACACCCACUGCUUUGCCAGACAAUGGCCAUCCACCAAGAAAACAAUCUACCCAAGAGUCAGAAGACUGCAAAAACAUUUGCCUGGGAAGCAACAGUACAAGUAAACAAAGGUGACAGGGAAUAAUGUGGUUCAUUAAGAAAGCCAAUUAAGGUGGAGAAAAGUGUAAGGCAGGAUAAAUCCCAAAGACAACACUUUCUUCUUCCUGAACCCCAAGAGAAAGUAAUUAUUUCAAGCUGGAAGUCUAAUAUUCCCAGUGUCGCGAGUGGGCACACAUAAAUUGCUGGCACCAUUCACUGUCUGUUGUCAUAUUGUCACAUUUGUCAAUAAUCAUCCUUUUCUGUUUUGUUUGUUUUCAAAUGCACUUCUGGUUCUAGUGGACUCUGGUGCAGCAGGAGAUGCUGCCUACCUUAGCCAACAACUUAAAUUGAACACAGAAAAACUACUUGAAAAUAGAGGGGAUAAGCAAUAGCCUCAGAUUACUUUCCUCUGUGGCAUGACCAUGGGGCAAAAACCUGUCUCUCUAACUGCACGUGUAAGGUGAUGGUAGGUGAGAACCAGCAGCUCCAAGCAGGUCAUGUGGAAGUCUUGCAUCUGGCUUAAAAUCUGUACUCAGCUCUGAGUAGUGAUGGGGCAUGUUUCAUAUCUAUGUCCUCAAGCAAUAAGGUAGAAAUAGCUCACUGUUUUUCCAUAGUCAAUGUAUCUGCUACCCAGAAAGUAGGGUCUCUGCUUUGGGCGUGUGGGGAGGGAGAGAGAGGAGGAAAGGUGUUGAGUCAAAUCAGUGAUGCAGCUCUUGGAAUACUGUGGUUUGGGUCAUCUUAUUUCUUAGUCCUUCAGCAGCUAAUGAGGCUCAUAAUACUUUGCUUUAAUAUGUUUAAAGUCUUGUUACAAUUUCUGUAUAGUGCCUUGUAAGAGUCUCAUAAGUAUGCCAACAUUUGGUGACUAGCUGGAAAGGAAAAGAUGAUUGAUGUCUAGAAGACCAAUAAAAAAAAAA